UAGCUACCCACUGCGAGUCAAUUUCUUCUCCGGGAGUCUGUUUCGGGAAGGUGGGAAAGUGAGAAGGAAGGUGGGAAGACGCGAAGGGGCUCCGUAGCGCCCGGAGCACUCGUGCCCUUUACAGCGAACACUCCUGAUAAUAGUUUUCGCAACGGGCGUGAAAGUUUGCAACCGCUAUUAUCGCUACUGGCUCAGAAAAGACCAGUGACUUACCCAUGGGUCACAUAACACAGCUGGGAGGCUAUGAGUACCGCCCACGAGGCCGUGGGCUCCGGGGUCUCUGCCUUCUCCGUGCUCUCUCCCACUUGGCCUCUCCCUAUGCAGCCCUGCCCCCCAGUUGUCUGGGAGACCCUACCUUGAACCUUCAGUAUGCCUGCUCCCAGACCCUGCUGACCCAGGCAGGGACCCCGGAGGAGGAUGGAUUCUUCAACCUGCUAACCCACGUCCAGGGCGCUCGGAUGGAGGAGCAGCGCUGCCCCCUGCAGACUGAACCAGGCCAGGGGCCUCCCAGCAAGAGCAGCCCCAGCCCCAGCCCCAGCCCCAGCCCCGUUGCUCCUCCGGAGAUGGACAACCUAAUGGACAUGGUGGCUAACACCCAGGCACGUCGCAUGGACGACCAACGCGUCAGCAUCAACUACCUGCCUGGCUUCCAGUCCGUGGCGCCUAAGGAUGGUGUGGAGCAAGGAACUGGGAAUCGCAGCCACCAUCCCCUAUUGGCUCCUCAAGACCCCUCUGCCCUCAGCUUCCGAAGGAACAGCAGCCCCCAGCCCCAAACCACCGGCCCCUGAAGGCUAGGGCCCGCUUCCACACUACCAGUUCCACAUUACCAAAUAAAAGGCUUUCACAUA